AUGGGAGUUCAUUUAGGGUAUGAAGAUCUUAAAAAAUUACCAUCAAAAUUGAUGUAUACUAUUUUCGAUAAAGGAGAAGAUAAUUGUGAGAACGCUUCUUUUUGGAGUGUUUCAGAGUCUCUCCUAAAAACGUACAAGUUACCUAUUAAUGUUUGUGACAAAAUACUUAAAGGCUUAUGUUAUGCAUAUAAAAGUAAUGAGAGAAAAGCAUUUAAUUUAGAUGAUUGUGAUUACCUGUACUUUUGGUUAUGUGAUGUAUUACAUAAUAAUUUAUCAGAUCGUAGGACAUUUAGUACUGUUGCAGAUAUACUUAUAUUUUUUCUAAAAAGUAAAAAUUUUACUGACAUAUGUAAAAAAGAUAAGUAUAAUAUCAAUCAAGGAAAUUUUAGGGAAAUUAAGCUAUUGUUUGAUUUUUCGAAAGAUUAUGAUAAGCUUAGAGAGUAUGAUCCUAAGCCCAAUAAGUUUUGUAGCGAUUCUUUUAAUUUAUAUCUUAGUGAAUAUAUUUUAAAUUAUUACCAGUGCAGAAACAAGUGUACCGAUUCAGGUAAUGAGGGUGCGACUUGUUUUGCUUUUAGUAAAUACAUUAAAGAUAAAGUAAAAAUGAACAUAGGUGAAUGGAGAUGUAAUUCAGAAAAAGAUCAAUCUAGUUUAGUAUCACUAGAAAUAAAUCAUGAAGAUCAGGAAAAACCAAGUGAAUCUAAGAAAACGCAAAGAACACAGCCAGAAUCUAAUGUGUUUAUGGGUGUACAUGAGGUAGGAGGGGAAAAAAAUACACAGGAAGAAACAAUUCGUAGAGUGUCAGAAGGCGAUGCAAUUGUAGUAGAACAGAAAAAAUUGAUAGACAAAGAUAACGAUAUACAUAAAAUUGAGGAAGAACAAGAUUUCACAAGCAAAAUUUCAACAAAUUAUUAUGCCCAUAUUGGACCUUCAGAAUUUAAAACCUUUUCUGACUUUCCAAAUAAUUAUUCAGAUUUUGCAUCUCCCAAAUAUAUGACCAUUGCACCUUUAGUUAUAGGAAUCACAGUUUUUUCUAUUAUAUUGUGCAAAGUAAUUAUUGAUGUAUAUAAAAAAGUAAAUUUUAUUCCAGUUGUGUAUUGGUUAAAAAAAUCUCUAUUAGGAAAAUCUAAAAGAAAACAUAACAUUAUAAUGGAUAGGAAUAUAAUAAAAGAUUAUACGAUUUCUGAAGUUUUAGAUUCACCUAGAAGAUUUAAUGUAACAUAUAAUAAUAUAUAA